AAGAAAAUAAAAUAAAACAAAAAGUAAACUUAAAGUUGCCAUAAAUAUCGAAAGAAGACGAGGAAGAGACAAGAGCGAGUGUGUUGCAUACGAAAACGGGAAACUUCAAGGAUAACCAGCUGACAUGCCACAUAAAUUGGAUUAUUAAAAAGCGGAUCACGAUAUAUAGUCGAACGUAAUACAUAUACAUUGCGUAUAUAGGUUGCAUAUAUAUAAGAGGCUGCCCCAUUCAACUGUAAUUGGCCUUAAAUCGGCAAAACAUGGCCAAAACGACGGCAGCCAAUUCGCAUUGGCUGGCCGCAUUGCUGUCGCUGCUGCUGGUAAUUCGCACAGCCACAGCGGAUGAGGCGUUUUCGUGCCCAAAUGGCUGGGAACUGCGCGGCUUAAAUUGUUAUAAAUAUUUCAAUAUCAAGCAUUCGUGGGAGAAAAGCGCCGAACUGUGUCGAAGAUAUGGCGCCGAGCUGGUGGCCAUCGAUAGCUAUGCGGAAAACAAUGAGACGCUGGCGAUAGCACGUGCCAGUGAUCCCAAUCAGCGGGCCUCGGACAAGUACUGGCUGGGCCUGGCCUCACUCGACGAUCUGCGCACGAAUACCCUAGAGUCGGCAUCGGGCGCAUUGAUCUCCCAGUACUCGGGCUUUUGGUCUCUGCAGCAGCCCAAUGCUGAGUCGGGCGAGUGUGUGGCGGCCAGUUUUGGCGGCAAGUCACAGAGCUGGGAUCUGGGCACCUGCGAGUCGCUGCUGCCCUUCAUGUGCCGUGCUCCGGCCUGUCCCCAGGGGGCGCUGCAUUGCGCCAAUGGACUGUGCAUCAAUCAGGCCUUCAAGUGUGACGGCAGCGACGAUUGCGGCGACGGCACCGACGAGCUGGACUGUCCCGCCCAGUGCCACUUCCACAUGCAGUCGGGCGGCGAUGUCAUCGAGACGCCCAACUAUCCGCACAAGUAUGGAGCGCUGAGCAAGUGCAAGUGGACGCUGGAGGGUCCGUUGGGCAGCAACAUCAUCCUGCAGUUCCAGGACUUUGAGACUGAGAAAACGUUUGAUACGGUCCAAGUUCUGGUCGGCGGACGCACUGAGGACAAGGCCGUGUCGCUGGCCACGCUCAGUGGCAAACAGGAUCUGGCCACACAGCCAUUUGUGUCCGCCUCCAACUUCAUGAUUGUCAAGUUCACGACCGACGGCAGCGUGGAGCGCAAAGGUUUCCGGGCCACAUGGAAGACAGAGGCCAAGAACUGCGGCGGCACCCUGAAGGCGACGCUGCAGAGGCAAAUACUGACGAGCCCCAACUAUCCCAAGCAAUAUCCCGGUGGUCUGGAGUGCCUGUAUGUGAUCAAGGCGCAGCCCGGUCGCAUCAUCUCCAUUGAAGUGGACGACCUGGACAUUGCCGAGGGCCGUGAUCAGCUGCUCAUACGCGACGGCGACUCACCCAUGAGCCGCAUCAUCGCCAAGCUGACGGGCAAAUCGACGCAAAACGAACGCGUGAUUAUCUCCACCGGCAAUACGCUCUACCUCUACUUCAAGUCCAACCUCGGUGAGGCGGGCAAGGGCUUCAGUCUGCGCUACAUUCAGGGCUGCAAGGCAACAAUUACGGCACGCAACGGCACAGUUACCUCGCCCGCAUUCGGCUUGGCCGAUUACCCCAAGAAUCAGGAGUGCUUCUUCACGAUCCGCAAUGAUGCACGUGCCCCGCUCUCGCUCAAGUUUGACAAAUUCACAGUGCAUAAGAGCGACAAUGUGCAGGUCUUCGAUGGUUCCUCAACGUCCGGACUGCGUCUGCAUUCUGGAAAUGGUUUCACUGGCACCGCAGCUCCAAAACUAACCUUGACUGCUUCUUCGGGAGAGAUGUUGAUUAAAUUUACAUCGGAUGCGCUACACAAUGCAGCGGGUUGGUCGGCUACGUUCUCGGCGGACUGCCCUGAACUAAAGCCCGGCAUUGGAGCCUUGGCCUCCAGUCGCGACACGGCCUUUGGCACGCUGGUCAGCUUUACAUGUCCCAUUGGACAAGAGUUUGCCACCGGCAAGACGCGUCUGGUUACGGAAUGUUUGCCUGGUGGCAACUGGAGUGUCUCCUACAUACCAAAGUGUCAGGAGGUCUACUGCGGUCCCGUUCCACAAAUUGACAACGGCUUCUCCAUUGGCUCCUCGAACGUCACCUACCGCGGCAUCGCCAUGUAUCAGUGUUAUGCUGGCUUCGCCUUUGCCUCAAACGAACCCAUCGAAAAGAUUUCCUGCCUGCCCGACGGACGCUGGGAGCGUCAGCCCCAUUGCAUGGCCUCGCAGUGCGCCGCCCUGCCCGAGGUGCCGCACGCCAAUAUGACCUUGCUCAAUGGCGGCGGUCGCAGCUACGGCACCAUUGUCCAAUACGAGUGCGAGCCCGGCUAUGAGCGCAACGGACAUCCCGUGCUCACCUGCAUGUCGAAUGGCACUUGGAGUGGCGAUGUGCCACGAUGCAGCCGUAAGCGUUGCUUCGAGUUCCCUGAAAUCGAAAACGGUUUUGUGGUAGAUGCAGCCCGGCCGUACCACUUUGGCGAUGAGGCUAGGGUGCAGUGCUUCAAGGGCUAUAAGCUGAUUGGCAGCAAUAUCAUGCGCUGCAGCGAGGCUCAGCGCUUCGAGCAGCCACCCAGCUGCGAGGAUAUCAACGAGUGCAGCUCCUCCCAAUGCGAUUUGACCACCACCGAAUGCAUGAAUACCAACGGUUCGUUCCAUUGCCAAUGCCGUCCUGGCUUCACCGCGACCACUGAGUGCCGCCCGGUUGGAGAUUUGGGUCUGGGCAAUGGCGGUAUACCAGAUGAUAGUAUCAGCACCUCUGCCAGUGAGCCGGGCUAUAGCAAGGGCCUGUUGCGCCUUAAUUCGAAUGGCUGGUGUGGCGCCUCCUUGGAGCCCGGCGCAAACUGGAUAUUGAUUGACCUGAAGGCACCCACCAUACUGAGGGGCUUCCGCACCAUGUCUGUGCAGCGUCCCGAUGGCAAUAUAGCCUUCAGCUCGGCUGUGCGCCUGCAAUACUCGAACGAUUUGACAGAUGUCUUCAAGGAUUACGCCAAUCCCGAUGGCACCGCCGUCGAGUUCAGAAUACUGGAGCCCACCCUGUCCAUCCUGAAUCUGCCGUUGCCCAUAGAAGCGCGCUACGUGCGCUUCCGCAUACAGGACUAUGUGGGCGCCCCUUGCGUGCGCAUGGAACUGAUGGGCUGCACCCGCUUGGACUGCGUGGACAUCAAUGAGUGCAGCAGAAACAACGGCGGCUGCGACCAAAAGUGCAUCAACUCGCCCGGCAGCUAUGCCUGCGCCUGUAAUACCGGUUACCAGCUCUACACAUCCAACGGCACCGCUGGCUACCACAUUGAGCGUUCGGAGACCGGUGAACGCGACGGCGACACCUAUCAGCGCAACAAGACCUGUGUGCCACUGAUGUGCCCAGAGCUGCAGCCACCAGAGAACGGACAACUGCUCAGCGAGCGAAGCGAUUAUCAUUUCGGCGAUAUUGUGCGGUUCCAAUGCCACUUCGGCUACAUCAUGAGCGGAAGCUCCGUGGCGCUGUGCCUAUCCAGCGGUCAAUGGAAUGCGAGCGUACCAGAAUGCAAUUACGCCAAGUGCGUUUCUUUGCCCGAUGACAAGCUGGAGGGUCUGACUGUGGCACGUCCCGAUCCCGAGUCCGUGCUGGUGCCGUUCCGUGACAAUGUUACCAUCAGCUGCGGCUCACCUGGUCGUCAGCUACGCUCGACAGCCUCUGCAGGAUUCAGACAGUGCGUGUACGAUCCGAAACCAGGUCUACCCGACUACUGGCUAUCGGGCAUGCAGCCUUCGUGCCCCCGCGUGGAUUGUUAUGCGCCCAUGCCAACACCUGGUGCCGAGUACGGGCAGUUUGUGGACACCCGUUUCCAGAGCAGCUUCUUCUUUGGCUGCCAGAAUACCUUCAAGCUGGCCGGGCAAACCCAGCGUCACGAUAAUGUGGUGCGCUGUGGUGCCGAUGGUAUUUGGGACUUUGGCGAUUUGCGUUGUGAGGGACCCGUGUGCGAGGAUCCAGGCCGUCCAGCCGAUGGACGUCAGCUGGCGCGCAGCUACGAACAGAGCUCGGAGGUUUACUUCGGCUGCAACCGUCCCGGCUACAUUCUGAUCAACCCCAGGCCAAUUACGUGCAUACGUGAACCGGAGUGCAAGGUGAUCAAGCCGUUGGGUCUGAGCUCAGGCAAAAUACCCGACUCAGCCAUCAAUGCCACAUCGGAGCGACCAAACUAUGAGGCCAAGAACAUCCGCCUGAACUCGGCCACGGGCUGGUGCGGCAAGCAGGAAGCGUUUACCUACGUCAGCGUGGAUCUGGGACAGAUCUACCGCGUCAAGGCAAUCCUAGUCAAGGGCGUUGUGACCAACGAUAUUGUUGGGCGUCCCACAGAGAUACGCUUCUUCUACAAGCAGGCGGAGAGUGAGAACUAUGUGGUGUACUUCCCCAACUUUAAUCUAACCAUGCGUGAUCCCGGCAACUACGGUGAACUGGCCAUGAUUACCCUGCCCAAGUACGUGCAGGCACGUUUCGUUAUUCUGGGCAUCGUCAGCUACAUGGACAAUGCCUGCCUGAAGUUCGAGCUGAUGGGCUGCGAGGAGCCAAAGGUGGAGCCGCUAUUGGGCUACGACUACGGCUACUCGCCCUGCGUGGACAAUGAGCCGCCAAUUUUCCAGAAUUGCCCACAGCAGCCGAUUGUGGUGCGUCGAGACGAAAAUGGUGGUGUGCUGCCCGUCAACUUUACCGAACCGACUGCCGUGGACAACUCCGGCUCGAUUGCCAGGCUGGAGAUCAAGCCGCAGAACUUCCGCACGCCCAGUCACAUCUUCAAGGAUACGGUGGUGAAAUAUGUGGCCUUCGACUAUGAUGGUAAUGUGGCCAUAUGCGAGAUCAAUAUAACCGUGCCCGAUGUCACCCCACCAUUGCUGCAGUGUCCGCAGAGCUACGUGAUUGAGCUGGUUGAUCGCCAGGACAGCUACAACGUCAACUUCAACGACACGCGCAAGCGCAUCAAGACAUCGGACGAGACGGGCGAAGUGCGUCUGCAAUUCACCCCCGAGCGAGCGACCAUCAAGAUUGGCCACUUCGAGAAUGUCACUGUCACGGCCACCGACAAGUUCAACAAUCGCGCCAGCUGCCACUUCCAGGUCUCCGUGCAGGCCUCGCCCUGUGUGGACUGGGAGCUGCAGCCGCCAGCCAACGGAGCUAUCAACUGCCUGCCGGGAGAUCGGGGCAUUGAGUGCAUAGCCACCUGCAAGCCUGGCUUCCGCUUUACCGACGGCGAGCCCCUGAAGACCUUCUCCUGCGAAACCUCCCGCCUGUGGCGCCCCACCUCUGUGGUACCCGACUGUGUCUCCGAGAACACGGAGCAGGCUGCCUACCAUGUGACUGCGACCAUCACGUAUCGCGCCAAUGGCGCCGUGGCCCAAUCCUGUCUGGGUCAAUACCAGGAGGUGCUCUCUCAUCACUACGCCGGCCUCAAUCAGCUGCUCUCGCAGCGCUGUUCCGCGGUGAAUGUCAACAUGAAUGUCACUUUCAUCAAGGCGGUGCCGUCGCUGCUGGAGGAAAAUGUUGUCAAGAUGGACUUUAUACUCUCGAUCCUGCCGGCCGUGCGCCAGCCCCAGCUGUACGAUCUCUGCGGCUCCACGCUGAAUCUGAUCUUUGAUCUGAGCGUACCGUAUGCCAGCGCCGUCAUUGACUCCCUGCUCAACAUCUCCAAUAUUGGCAACCAGUGUCCGCCGCUGCGCGCACUCAAGUCGCAAAUCUCGCGCGGAUUCAACUGCAACAUGGGCGAAGUGCUCAACAUGGACACGAGCGACGUGCCGCGCUGCCUGCACUGCCCGGCUGGCACCUAUGUGUCCGAGGGUCAGAACAGCUGCACCUACUGCCCACGCGGCUAUUACCAGAAUCGCGAUCGCCAGGGCACCUGCCUGCGCUGUCCCGCCGGCACCUAUACCAGGGAGGAGGGCUCAAAGGCAUUGACCGACUGCAUUCCCGUUUGCGGCUAUGGCACCUACUCGCCAACGGGUCUGGUGCCCUGCUUGGAGUGUCCACGCAACUCCUUCAGCGCCGAGCCGCCCACUGGCGGUUUUAAGGACUGCCAGGCCUGUCCAGCUCAGACGUUCACCUAUCAGCCAGCCGCUUCCAACAAGGGGCUGUGCCGUGCCAAGUGCGCGCCCGGCACCUACUCCGCCACAGGCCUGGCUCCCUGCUCGCCCUGCCCACUGCAUCACUACCAGAGCGCGUCGGGUGCACAGAGCUGCAACGAAUGCCCUAGCAACAUGCGCACCGACACCGCCGGCGCCAAGGGACGCGAGCAGUGCAAGCCCGUGGUUUGUGGAGACGGUGCCUGCCAGCAUGGCGGACUCUGCGUGCCCAUGGGCCAUGACAUCCAGUGCUUCUGCCCGGCUGGCUUCUCUGGCCGCCGCUGCGAACAGGACAUCGACGAGUGCGCCUCACAGCCGUGCUUCAACGGAGGUCAGUGCAAGGAUCUGCCACAGGGCUAUCGCUGCGAGUGCCCCAUCGGCUACUCGGGCAUCAAUUGCCAGGAGGAGGCCAGCGACUGUGGCAAUGACACCUGCCCCGCCCAAGCCAUGUGCAAGAACGAGCCGGGCUACAAGAACGUGACCUGCCUCUGUCGCAGCGGCUACACCGGCGAUCAGUGCGAUGUGACCAUAGAUCCCUGCACAGCGAAUGGAAAUCCGUGCACCAACGGCGCCAGCUGCCUGGCCCUGCAACAGGGCCGCUACAAGUGCGAGUGUCUGCCGGGCUGGGAGGGAAGGCACUGUGAGCAGAAUAUCAACGAUUGCGAGGAGAAUCCCUGCCUGCUGGGCGCUGCCUGCACGGAUCUGGUCAAUGACUUCCAGUGCGCGUGCCCGCCUGGCUUCACCGGCAAACGCUGCGAGCAGAAGAUCGACUUGUGCUUAUCCGAGCCCUGCAAGCAUGGCACCUGCGUGGACCGUCUGUUUGACCACGAGUGCGUCUGCCAGCCGGGCUGGACGGGCCCCGCCUGCGAUGUCAACAUCGACGACUGCGAGAAUCGGCCGUGCGCCAACGAUGGCGUCUGCGUGGAUCUGGUCAAUGGCUACAGCUGCAACUGCGAGCCGGGCUACACGGGCAAGAACUGCCAGCACACGAUCGAUGACUGCGCCUCGAAUCCCUGCCAGCACGGCGCCACCUGUGUGGAUCAGCUGGAUGGCUUCAGCUGCAAGUGCCGCCCGGGCUAUGUAGGCCUCAGCUGUGAGGCGGAGAUCGAUGAAUGCCUCAGCGAUCCGUGCCAUCCCGUGGGCACCGAGCGCUGCCUGGAUCUGGACAACAAGUACGAGUGCGUCUGCCGUGACGGCUUCAAGGGUCCACUCUGCGAGACGGACAUUGAUGACUGCGAGCCACAGCCCUGCCUCAACAACGGCAUUUGCCGGGAUCGCGUCGGCGGCUUCGAGUGCGGCUGUGCACCCGGCUGGAGCGGCAUGCGCUGCGAGCAGCAGGUGACCACCUGCAAUGUGCAGGCUCCGUGCCAGAACGAUGCCAAGUGCAUUGAUCUGUUCCAGGACUACUUCUGCGUGUGUCCCAGCGGCACGGACGGCAAGAACUGCGAGACGGCGCCCGAGCGCUGCAUUGGCAAUCCCUGCAUGCACGGCGGCAAGUGCCAGGACUUUGGCUCCGGCCUCAACUGCAGCUGUCCGGCGGACUAUGCCGGCAUCGGCUGCCAGUACGAGUACGAUGCCUGCGAGGAGCAUGUGUGCCAGAAUGGAGCCACCUGCUUGGACAACGGCGACGGCUACAGCUGCCAGUGUCCGCCUGGCUUCACGGGCAAGAACUGCGAACUGGACAUUGUGGAUUGCAAGGAUAACUCCUGUCCGCCUGGUGCGAGCUGCGUGGAUCUGACCAAUGGCUUCUACUGCCAGUGCCCCUUCAACAUGACCGGCGACGAUUGCCGCAAGGCCAUCCAGGUGGACUACGAUCUGUACUUCAGCGACGCAUCGCGCUCCACCGCUGCCCAGGUGGUGCCAUUCCCCACCGGCGAGGCGACUAGCUUGACCGUGGCCAUGUGGGUGCAGUUCGCGCAGAAGGACGACACCGGCAUCUUCUUUACCCUAUACGGCGUGGACUCGGCUCGCAUGACCCAGCGCCGUCGUCUGUUGCUGCAGGCUCACUCGAGCGGUGUUCAGGUCUCGCUCUUUGAGGAUCUGCCCGAUGUGUUCCUCAGCUUUGGCGAAUACACCUCCGUCAACGACGGCCAGUGGCAUCACGUGGCUGUUGUCUGGGAUGGCCUCAAUGGUCAGCUGCAGCUGAUCACAGAGGGUCUGAUCGCCAGCAAGCUGGAGUAUGGCAACGGUGGUACUCUGCCUGCCUACCUCUGGUCCGUGCUGGGUCGCCCGCAACCGGACAGCAUUAAGCACGAGCGGGGCUACACCGAAGCCGGCUUCCAAGGCACAGUGACCAAGGCGCAGGUCUGGGCUCGUGCUCUAGAUAUUACCUCUGAGAUUCAGAAGCAAGUGCGUGACUGCCGUUCCGAGCCGGUGCUGUACUCCGGUCUCAUACUGAACUGGGGCGGCUACGAGAUGACCGCGGGCGGUGUGGAGCGAAGCGUGCCCUCCAUGUGCGGCCAACGCAAGUGCCAGGUGGGCUACACGGGCGCCAAUUGUCAACAGCUCGUUGUGGACAAGGAACCGCCAGUUGUGGAGCACUGCCCAGGCGAUUUGUGGGUCAUUGCCAAGAAUGGCUCCGCCGUGGUCACCUGGGACGAGCCACACUUUAGCGACAAUAUCGGAGUGACCAAGAUCUAUGAGCGCAACGGACAUCGAUCGGGCACAACGCUGCUCUGGGGCACCUAUGAUAUUACAUACAUUGCAUCGGAUGCUGCUGGCAAUACGGCAUCGUGCAGCUUCAAGGUUUCGCUACUGACUGAGUUCUGUCCACCUUUGGCCGAUCCCGUUGGUGGCUCUCAGGUCUGCAAGGACUGGGGCGCAGGCGGUCAGUUUAAGGUCUGUGAGAUUGCCUGUAAUACCGGCUUGCGUUUCUCGGAGCCGGUGCCCGAGUUUUAUACGUGCGGUGCCGAGGGCUUCUGGCGUCCCACGCGCGAAGCAUCCAUGCCACUGGUCUAUCCAUCCUGUUCACCGGCUAAGCCCGCCCAGCGUGUGUUCCGCAUCAAAAUGCUAUUCCCCUCGGAUGUGCUCUGCAACAAGGCCGGCCAGGCGGUGCUGCGCCAGAAGGUGACCAACUCCGUGAAUGCUUUGAACAGGGACUGGAACUUCUGCUCGUACUCCAUUGAGGGCACCAGAGAGUGCAAGGAUAUUCAAAUCGAUGUCAAGUGCGAUCACUAUCGCGCCGCCCAAAACAAUCGUGUGCGUCGUCAGGUGAAGGAUGGCGGUGUCUAUGUGAUGGAGGCCGAGCUGCCAGUUGUCAACGAUGAUGACGAGUUGGCGCUGACAGGUCGCCAGGGACGCCAACAAGCUGGCGGCGACACAUACACGCUGGAAAUAGCCUUCCCGGCUGUUAACGAUCCUGUGGUGCACACCUCGACGGGCGAGCGCUCCAGUGUGAAACAAUUGCUGGAGAAAUUGAUAUUGGAGGAUGAUCAGUUUGCCGUUCAAGAUAUUCUGCCCAACACCGUGCCCGAUCCUGCUUCUCUGGAGCUCGGCUCUGAGUACGCUUGUCCCGUCGGCCAGGUGGUCAUGAUACCGGACUGUGUGCCCUGCGCCAUUGGCACGUUCUAUGACAGCGCCAACAAGACGUGCAUUCCGUGCGCUCGAGGCACCUAUCAGUCCGAGACUGGCCAGCAGCAGUGCAGCAAGUGCCCGACAAUAGCGGGACGUCCGGGAGUGACCGCUGGCCCGGGAGCGCGCUCUGCCGCUGACUGCAAGGAGCGUUGCCCGGCCGGCAAAUACUUCGAUGCUGAGACGGGUCUGUGCCGCUCCUGCGGCCAUGGCUUCUACCAGCCCAACGAGGGCGCAUUCAGCUGCGAGCUGUGCGGCCUGGGCCAGACCACACGCUCCACGGAGGCAACGUCCCGCAAGGAGUGCCGAGAUGAGUGCAGCUCUGGCCAGCAGCUGGGCGCCGACGGACGCUGUGAGCCUUGCCCACGUGGCACUUAUCGUCUGCAGGGCGUGCAGCCCUCGUGCGCUGCCUGUCCGCUGGGUCGCACCACGCCCAAGGUGGGCGCCAGCUCGGUGGAGGAAUGCACACUGCCGGUCUGCUCGCCCGGCACCUAUCUCAAUGCAACACUGAACAUGUGCAUCGAGUGCCGCAAGGGCUUCUAUCAAUCCGAGUCUCAGCAAACCACCUGCAUUCAGUGCCCGCCCAAUCACAGCACCAAGAUCACCGGAGCCACCUCCAAGAGCGAGUGCACCAAUCCCUGCGAGCACAUCGCCGAGGGCAAGCCCCAUUGCGAUGUCAACGCGUACUGCAUUAUGGAGCCGGAGACCUCAGACUUCAAGUGCGAGUGCAAGCCGGGCUUCAACGGCACUGGCAUGGCCUGCACAGAUGUGUGUGAUGGCUACUGCGAGAACUCUGGCGCUUGUGUCAAGGAUCUGAAGGGCACGCCUUCCUGCCGCUGUAUCGGCUCCUUCACCGGACCCCAUUGCGCCGAGCGCUCGGAAUUCGCCUACAUAGCUGGAGGCAUUGCCGGUGCUGUGAUCUUCAUCAUAAUCAUUGUGCUGCUCAUUUGGAUGAUUUGUGUGCGCUCCACGAAGCGCAGAGAUCCAAAGAAGAUGCUGGCGCCGGCAAUCGAUCAGACUGGCUCCCAAGUCAACUUCUACUAUGGCGCCCACACGCCAUACGCGGAGUCCAUUGCGCCCUCGCAUCACAGCACAUAUGCGCAUUACUACGACGACGAGGAGGAUGGCUGGGAGAUGCCCAACUUUUACAACGAAACCUACAUGAAAGACGGUCUACAUGGUGGCAAAAUGAGCACAUUGGCACGAUCCAAUGCGUCGCUCUAUGGAACUAAAGAAGACUUAUACGAUCGACUGAAACGUCACGCUUACACGGGCAAGAAAGAAAAGAGUGACAGUGAUAGCGAAGUGCAGUAAACCAACAACGAAAUAUAUACAAAAUAAUAUAUAAAAAAUAAAAAAAAAAAAGAAUAAUAUCUUAUAAAAAAGAAAAAACAAAUAGCUGCUUUAAUGUAAAUUGUGGUCAUAGAUGUUCAGCACUGCAACGAGGCAAAGUUCUAGCACUGCCCCCAAGGAA